AUGGCAUGCCAAGAUCAAGCUGUCACUUCCGCCCCUUGGAACGCACAGCCGCGACAGCAGGUCGUUCUCGGCGUGCUAUUGGCUGCUCCCCGGCGCGCGGUAGUGACGUAUGUCUCGCUGGCCAGCUAUAAGAAGGAAGUCCCAGUGCAUUGUCAGUGUACUGCACGUGGUGGUGAGGAGAAGAACAUGGUGAGUGUUUCCAGCAGUUUUAGACUUUGCAGUUCUCCAAACAUAGAGAGGUUUAUUAACUAAUUAAGCAGAUAAUAAAUAUGUAAAUGUUCAGGCUAAUAUUGGAAAAGUUUCUCAAAUAUACCAUGCAGGUUAUAGAUAAAAUUCUGUGUUUAGUGAGUAUACUUAAGACUACUAUGUAUAAUAUUUAAUAUGCUCUUAGGUUCAAAAACUGUCUGCUGUGGACAGUAGCAGGUGUGAGCAUUUUCCCAAUGUUUAAUUCUGUGUAAUCCUCUGCAAACAGUCUACACCAUGACUUUCUGUGUGGUUAUAAAUCUUGCUGUGUGCCCUCUCACCUUUAAAACACUGACUGUUUAUUUGCAAUACUAGCAUGUUAACACUGCAGAAACAUUUUAGCUUUGUUUUUAUGCGGCAUAUCAUUAGAGGUACUAUAGAGCGGUGUUUAAACAAAUUCCUAAGUGCACCUGUUUUUUAAAGUUAACUUCUAUUAAUUUUAAAAUUUAAUUGACGUGUGUGUGUGUAUAUAUACUGUUUAAGUUAACUUGAUAUUGCAGAACAAGCCUGCUUAAAGGUAAUGAAGGAUAUCUUAAAAUGAGCGACACAAUGUGAAUAUUGUGUAUGAACUUGUAAUCAAAUACAAUAGCUACACACAAGGCAUUGGCACUCUCAAAUUAAGUCCACCAAGCCUGUGAGCUGGAGGGAAUCUCUCCCUAAGAUCCAGUGAUCAUUUCUAUGGGACUAGUGACUGGCAUGUUGAUACUUUUGCUGUUGCCUCAUGUUUAGUAAUGAUGUGGCAACAUCGUAACUCUGCUCCUGGGCGUCACUACAAUGUGAGUGAUCUGUGCUGAAAGAGCAGAGGUUACAGCUCCCUUGCUGCUCUGCUAAAGCCUUCUCCUGGACACUAUAACUGAGUUGUCAUCUUCUGCCCAAGUAAGCAGAGGCCUACUCUGCUUUGGCUGCCAGCUUUUAGUGUGCUUAUCCCCCUGGUUAAUGCAUACCACAAGCUGCAAAAUCAGGCUCUUCUAGAGCACAUGGUGUAUCUUGAUCGCACUUGCUUCCUUGUGACAAACAGAACCAUUCGCCGAUCUAGUCUGCCCAAUAUGUAGAAUGCUUUUAAUUAGUCCCUGGCCUAUCUUAAGUCUAGGAUAGCCUUAUGCCUAUCCCACGCAUGCUUAAACUCCUUCACUGUGAACCUCUAUCACUUCAGCUGGAAGGCUAGUCCAUGCAUCCACUACCCUCUCAGUAAAGUAAUCCUUCCUGAUAUUAUUUUUAAACCUUUGUCCCUCUAAUUUAAGACUGUCCUCGUUGUGGUGGUUUUUUCUUUUAUAGACUCCUCCUUUACUGUAUUUCCCUUUGUGUAUUUAAAUGAAAGAUCUUCAUGAUGAACAGUAUGUAGGAAAAUACACUGCAGGGUUCGUUACUAUACGAUUUGUAAGUGGUUACACUGUUUUUUAAUUAUUGGAUUUCCUCUUGUCUGGGCUCUUACCAUCUCCACACAGCUGAUACUUCCUAAGAUAGGACUUCUGUUGGCUAACAUUUAUGCUGUGCAGGGCUUAACUCAGGAGAGCCAACAGAUGUUCCUGUUAAAGAAAAUCUAGCUCCCGCAUUUGGUGUUCCUUUUCAGUUUUAAUAAUCUGUAUCACCCUAAGCUGGUGUGUGCUACGAAGACACAUUGAUGUAAAGAAUUGUGUUCUAUACCACACAAAUUCAUAAAUUCUGAAAUGGUAAAUACUGGUGUGAAGGAGCAAGAUGUGGUCUGGGGCAUGGCUCCUGGAUUCUAUUGCCUUCGGGCAGUGGGUCUGUGCCAGGCAGCUUAACCUGGACCUAGAUAAAACCCCAGGAUAGACCAGAUGUCUACCUGUGCAGUAACAGGUGUGAGCACAUCACAGUAUCUUGUGCUCAUGUAUAGUACUGCACACAGCUGUUAUAAUGGACUGCCUACAAUAUUUAAUAUAGAAAGUUAGCAAUUCCAUAUUUACACUUUUUUUUUUUUCUCCUUUAGGGUAGCUUAAUGUAUUGAAGACUUGCUCUGCAUGUUCCAAGGCUAACCUUUGGUAAGUAACAAGAUGGACUGCCUGAUCAUUAUGUUGGUGCUUAAAGCAACUAGCCUCUACACAAGGCAUCUGAAGCUCUGCGCACCCUCUCUCCUCUCCCAUAUGUUCUGACGAAUGCAUGUUUCUGUUCUAGGCUCAUUUCAAUCACUCACUUAUCAGGUGUUUCAUAAAGAUAUCAUACCAGUGUGAUGUGUAAACACAGCCAUAAGAUAAAGGACUUUUUUGCGGGUCCCUUUACCCUAUAAAUGUAUCUAUAGAAAGGCUAUAAAUCUGUAAGCAUCCUUCCCAUAAGGUUAUAACAAAUAAGUGGUGAAGUUCUGUGACUGUAAUAUGGUCUGGGAACUGGCUUCUGGUUGCUGCUGCCUCCUGGGCUGUACAUCUGUACCAGAUAGCCUUACCCUGACCUAGAGUAACAAAGGAUUGGCCUGUCUCGGUCAUCCUGUGCCGUAACAGGUGUGAACACAUUUUAGUAAAUUGUGCUCAUGUAUAGUACUGCACACAGGUCUUCUCAGACUGCUAUGAGUAAUGAUUUAUAUAACUGCUAUAAAGCACCACUCAUCAAACCAUGGACUUGUUUCGGGGUGUAAAAAUAUUUGAAAACCGCUUUAAUGGGGGAAAAAUUUAUGGUACAAUCUCGUAUCGUGCUGUAAGUUUGAAUUUUAAGACACUAUCUAUUUUUUUUUUUUCCCCUUUGUUAAACUUUGAGUGUCUGUAAGAACCAUGUUUUCUGGGACGAUAAUAUCAAGGGAUUAGAGACCUCACAAAACUUGCUUUUCUACUAAACGUCACUGUUUAUAGACUUUUGUGGCACACCUGUAGGUGCUGGUUAGUAUAAGUGGAGGGCAUUGCAUAGGUUUUUAUAACCUAACCUGUCUGAAAUAUAUUUUUAAAUGUAUUUGUUCCCAUUCUAAAAUUGUUUCUUAUAUUUUUUUUUUUUUCUAGCAAGCCCACAGCUGCUGUAUUUGUGUUGGUGUUAUCCAGACUGUGGAUGCUGAAAUGGACUUAACCAGUGCUUCUAUUUGUGAAUGUCCAAUGGGCAGUCUGCCCCUCAAAUGUUAAAGAUUUGUUUCUCUUCCCUUGACACUACAAACUGCUUUAUCUUUCAGUGGCAUAAUGGAUAACUUUAGCAAUGACAAAACAAUGUUCAGAUAAACCUGUAAGUUUUAUUUUUUUUGUGUUGUAUUUACUUACUGAAACUCCAACCCAGUCAAUGAAUAUAGACAAAUCGAGGGCUACUCCUGUCUUUCUCUUCCCCUUGACUUGCUUAAACUCUGGUAAGGAUCUGUGUCAAUCCAACAGCCAUAACCAGUAAUGUUUGCAAGGAAUUGGCUGUAUCUAUGGAGGGUCUUGUGGGAUCCUCCGUAGACCUCAGUGCUGUACUUUCGUGCAUGCAGAAAGAGGACCCACAGAUCAAGAUGGCCGUGCCCACAAUGGACCAGUGAAGUAAGUAAACUUUGCAUUUACUGGCCACCAGACCAUCAGCAGUGAUGUCACGGUCGGGCACCUGUAAAUUCAGCACUGUCACCAGUGACAGUGCUGCUUUACUACUUUCAAGGGUAGUGAAAAGCCAGAUAGUCUGAGCAGUGUAAGAAGCACUUAAAACAUCAAUAAAAAAGGAACUUGCACUCUUAAACCAUUUUAGGAGCACAAACAUGUAUUCCUGACCCUAUAGUGUUAAAACCAUAACUUAAGUGGAUGUAUCACUUUAUUUUCAGCGCUGAGGAAGUCCACUGGCCCUCCCCAUGUCCUUGAUUGACAUCAGAAUUGAUUAUCUCAGCCAACCCAAAACUUUCCUAUAGGAAAAUCAUGGGAUUUGGCUAAAAUUGUCAAGGAGGCAGGGCCAAUCAGAAUAUCAUUUAAAUGCCUCUGAGGUAAGUUCAGUGUCUCUAUGUAAUGUGGAAAUGUCGAAUGUUGGUGCUGCACAUUGUGCAGUACCUCUAGUAGUCAUCUGGCUACUGGAGGUGUCACUAGGCUGUAAUGUACACACUGACUUUUCUCUGAAAAGACAGUGUCUGCAACAAAGCCUGCAGGGACCAACUAUGAUCGCUAGAACUACAUUAAGCUGUAGUUCUGGUGACUAUAGUGCCCCUUAAGAAUUCCACUUUUUUUUUUUUUUUUCUAUUGCCCAAAGAAAUAAAACAAAUGUGCAAUAUGCAGAUGGUAGGUGUAAAAUAUGCAGAGUUCUGGGCAGUUUCAAGUUUGUAACUAGACCCUGGCACAUAUGUGCCAUAUUUCAAACAGAUGCUGCACCUAGAUUCCUGCCACUGUGACCAUUUCAAAUGACUGAAGUAGUCAUGAAUGUUGGAGUGACAAUUUAAACAGUGUAUAUAAAAUUUUACAAAAUGUAAGUGUAAAACCUUUAGUCACUAUUUAGUGCACCACAGGUAAUCAUUAAAUAUAAAAAAAACUAAAUUGACUUUGCAUGCAUAGAUCAAUAUACACACUAGGAUAGAAAUGAUAUGCUUUAAUUUUUCUUUUAUAUUGAAAUAUUGGGUCAUGUAAGAUAUUUCCAUGUUCCUUUUUUAUUUUUAAGUUAAUUUGUAUUGCCAUUGUCUUGUUUUCUACUAUUGCAAAAACGUCUUCCCAAUAAAUACUUGACAAGAAAUUGUGCAGUGAUCACAUUUUAUUUUAUCAUAAUACAAAUAACAUAUUUUUUCCACAUGUAAGACAAUAUCUAUUUCCCAAAUUUUUUUCAAGUUUAAAAUUGGUGGUCUAAUAAUCACAAGAUGUACAGGGUUUAAAUAUUUCUUAAUUUUGGGAUCAAAGUAGGGGUCGUCUUGUACACAGGGGGAAUACAGUAUGUGCAUAAAUGUCUUGAGCACUCUACUUUUCUGCUAAAGUUUUAUUGAAUAACCUGAAACAUUGCAAAGGUAAGUGCCAUAUUGAGAUGUUGAAGCAACACAUGAUUAAAACUGAAAUGUAAUAUACAGAUCAGAAUUAUAAAGCCAUUAUGCAGAAAUUGAUGUAAAUCAAGCAUUGAUGGUUUCUGUAGCUCAUAUCUUUGACUCUCAAACCAUAUAUAAAUGCACAGUGUAGUAACAGAAUUUAUAUCUUCUCAAGCAUUCAGACCAUAUUGUACUGCAUGAAGUGGUAUUUUACAAUCAUAAUGGGAAUUGACAAGAGACAAUGAUUGCUCCAGGUACCUUCACAACUUCAUCUCAAUUAAGUUAUGGUGCCUGGAGGUCUUGAUGAUCUAAUUGUUUAACCCCCAGUUUGCUUCCAGCACCUCUGCUGCAUCCGGCCCUUGCUUUAGAGCAGAAGCCUUUCUCUACUCACACGUUGAGAACUGUAUUAGAUGUGCGUCUGAGUGGCAGUAAGACAGUUGUUUCUAAGAUGGCUGAAUAAUGCUUACCUGGGCUGCAAAGCAGGGUCAGUUCAGUACUGAACACUGACUUGUGAGCCAAAGAAACUUUGAAAUCUCUGGUUCACUGGGUUUUAUACAGUUUCAAGUAUGGUACCUCAUUGUGCAACACCAGCAGGCAAACAUGAUGGUCUGGGGAAAUUUUGCAGGAUAUAGUCUUCAACUUUAACAAACCAUAGAAAACACUGCAAGCCCUGUCAAUAGGAGGUUUAAGCAGCCCAAAACAUUGGGGAAAGGUCACACUGUAUAUCUAGGACCUGUAAGUCCAACACCUGUUUGGUGUGACCUAUCCCAUGUGUUUGUGUUUGGUUUUUUUGUGGAUUUUGAGCAGUAGGGGUAACAUUGGGAGACUAGUGCCAAUGCGCAGCAAACUGCUGCACAGAAUCUCCACUUAAAUUUACAUUGACCCCAUAGGGAGCAACACUUAACAUCUGUCCCAAAUCUUUGAGGGACAACUGCUGGAGAUCAUGGGUAACAGUGUAAACUCCAAUCUUCUCAGAAAAAGCAGUGUUUACCCUAUGACCCUGAAAGGUCAGUCUGCCAGAGAACUACAUUAAGGUGUUGUCCCGAAGCACCAAAACAACUUUAGCUGUAUGAGUGAAUUGUUUUGGGUUUUUUACGUGCAGAUGUCUACUGCUUGCACAGAUUAUUUUCUGUAUCACACACUAGUAAUACUGCUCGACAGGUAUUAGAGCUUUUUAAGUAUUCUAGAAUAUGUAUAAGCACUAAUGUGCCAGUUCACUAAAAGGUUCUUGUUAUGAACAUCAGUAGUUAUGGUGCCUAGUUUACCUAUUCUCUCCCAACUGCUGAGCCUUGGUGAUUAUAGCUGCAGCUUGGGUGUAGAGAUGAAUAGUUGAGACGAAUGCAGCUUUCAAGACUAUUUUACCCAGCUAACAGUUACCCAAACAUAAGCCUAGACUUCAUGAAGGGUACAACAGGAAUGAGAUUUUUUUUUUUGAUGCCAUGCUGGCUUUUGUGCAAGGGGACCUCCCACUUGGACCUUGUUGGGCACAACAGUGACAACCAAGAAUAUUACUUUGUUACAGUUAAAUAUUCCCAUUGCAAACAUACAAUAUCAUCUCUGCCUGUGAGAUAAUUAGGUAAGCUAAUGGAUAACCAAAUUAUCUCCAGCCAGAUGGAACCCAUUUCCUCAAAACUUGGAACACACCUUAACAUAAAUGGUAUCUCCUUAAAUGACACAUCCCCUGAUAUUGCAAACCACAUCCGGUCAUGACCAUAUUUGGAAACAAUGAUUGUUUGUAAUUAAGUGUCAUAUAUAUAUAUAAUGGAGUUUCAAUGUACAGUGUACCUGCACCUGAGGAAGACCUUAUAUAGGUUGAAACGUGUUGUGCUUUUUAUACAUUUAUUUUAUAUCUUUUAUCAAGUUUAAAUAAAUACUUUUUAUGCGUGUCACUUUGGACCCUGGAAUUUUUGCUGCUAAUAUCAAGUUCCUGUGGACGUGUUUAUACCAACACUAUCUCCUGAAGUGAGAUGAAAUGCUUUAUAAGUUUAGAACCAACUUAUAAUGGGCUCAAAAAAUUGUGAGUUGACAGACCUAUUCACCUAUUAUAACUGUGUAAAUACAGAUUACACUAUGUGUAUGUAUAUCGAUUUUUAUAUAGGUUACAGAAUCAUUUUAUACGGAGUACCUGUUAUAUAUAUAUCUCAGAAGGUAAAAAUUUCACUCCUUUUGUGCGCUGGAUCACUUUGUUUCUGUAUGAUCACAUGUUUGUAAGUGUAAUAGUGACAUUGCACUUGGUGAUUUUCUAGCAGCACUAGCCACUUUCCUUUGCUUAUAGCGCUGCUUUAUUUUCUUUACCUUUUUGUACAUCCCCUGAUAGCCUCAAUCUGGGUGACCAACAUAUUCAAAUUUCACCCAGAUCGGUUCAGGGGUUUUCGAAAUGUAUGGAAGUCUUAGUUCACCAACUGCACACAAGGCUCCUGCCCAAAACCAUUACAUGAAUUCAGGGUCGGUCAAUUUCGAUAGUCAUGAAAACAAAUAUCACGAACGGAGCCUCCUGGCUCAUAGGAGCGAUUGUUCCCUUUUCUCGUGGGAACUAAACUACUGAACGGCGCUCUCCUAGCCGUUUGACAAAAGGAAGCAGGCAUUUGUAUGGUUUCAGCUGUGUUCGGGAAGUCGAGUGUCCGACUUUAGGUCCAGACACUCGACGACCAAGUCCCGCUGCCUCCUUUCGUGCAAACAAGAUGGCCGCCGUUUUAUCUUCUACGUGGCGUUGGACUAUAUAAACGGCGGCCACCCAGAGAGAGCGCUCAAUUGAUGGUUCCCUUUGUAGAUAAUGAGCCAGGAGGGUGGUCAGCGUUCGGUAGUUUCAAACUACUGAGCAAAGAAAACAUCAAAAUAACAAAUGGCUUUAUAAAAUCCCGAAUUAAGUAUUUUCUUCACAGUUCUAAUUAGCUAUGGUUAUGUAAAAUACUGUUAAAGCAAAAUAUAUGUAUAACAGAAAAGUGUAAGGGAGCUCCAGUACUUCAAGUAGUAUCUAAGCUGCAAAGUAUAUAGUGAUUAUAGCUCCCACACAAACAUCAGCCAAGAGUGAAAAUAGUGAACACUUUAUGGAACAAAACACAGGCUUGUAUACAGACACCCCCAGCAUGGGGUUUCCUGCAAAAACACAGAUAAACUCUCCCAGACGUGUCCAGGAGAGAAUUGCAACACACCAAGUUCCUGAUCUGGCAGACAGUCAGACCCUGACUGGUUGGCUCGGGGAUGUCUGGUAACAAAGGUCGUUAAGGCUCUAGAUCGGUUGGGCAGAACAAGCAAUUGGCAUGAUUCUGCUUGCCUAACUGAUUUUGCAUCAUACAGUCCACCGCCACAGUCUGGAGCUGUCCCCAACAGUCUGGGGUUGUUUCCAGCAACUUUAUUCAACUAGUUAAGAGGAUUUUGGUUGGUCAUCAACAUGAAUGAUGGACCGUACAGUUACAGCUGUAAUUUUAAGAAGUUGCACCGCCAGACAUUCUUUAUCUAUGGUGACAUAGCUGACCUCCCUGGGCAACAGUUUUCAGCUGAGGAAUGCAACCGGGUGCUCCAUCCUGUCGUCCCCUAACUGGCUUAGUACUGCCCUCAAGCCAAACCUGGAAGCAUAGAUAUGGAUGAAAAAUUGUUUGAAUCGGCAGAAGAAGCCAACAGAGGAGCAUUAGGGCUUGCUUUAAGCAUUGAAUGGCUGCCUCGCACGCUGGGGACCACAGGACCUACUGCUUUUACUUUUGCGGGUUCUGUGUGCUGUUUCCCGGACCCUUCUCAAUGGCCCAGGUAUUGCACCUCACCCAUCCCUGCAUGGUACUUGUCGAGUCAGAGAGUUAACCCUGCUGCCCAGAUCUUAUCCAACACCACCAAAAAGUGCAAGAGAUGGUCUUCCAAUGUGUGGCUGUAGAUGGCUAUAUCAUCCAGAUACACUCAUGCAAAGUCCUGGAGUUCCUUCAAGAGCCGAUCGGCCAUCUGCUGAAAAGUAGCUGGAGCAUUUUUUUUUUAUCCCAAUCUGCAUGACCUUAAAUUGAUACAGGCCGAAUGGGUUGACAAAGGUGACUUAGGGACAGCCUGUGGGGGGAUCUGCCAAUUUCCCUUGCACAGAGCAAUAUUAGUAGUUAGGUAGUUACCUCCGGCCAUCCUGUCUAAUGGUUUGUCUACCUGGGGCAUCGGGUAGGUGUCGGCUAUCAUUCAGUCAUUGAGCUUGCGGUAAUCAAUACAGAAUCGGUCUUGCCGUCCCUCUUGGGUACUAAAACUACCAGGGACGCCCUGGGGCUCUGUGAGCAUUCCAUUACUCCUGGGGUUGGUCAGGGAGCUGAGGAUAGGUUUAAUUCCUUGCAACUCUGCCAUAAUUGCUAGGUGAUUGUGGUAGUAUAUUGGGUGCCUUAAUCUAGGCACUAUCUCUCUGGGAAAUCCUAGUCGGCUAAAUAUCUUGACCACGGCAUCCUUCACUGUUUCGGCAUAGUCUGAGUCAGAGAAGCGGGUCUUGUCUGCUGUUCCUUGGAGUGCAAAGGGUCCAUGGUCCGGGCCUGGAGACGGGUGGUCACAGGAAAAACGGUCUCAGUAGCAGGGGUUUCAAAUCCCAAGGAGCACCUCUGCAGGUAAAUCUUUCAUUAUGCUGACCUCCGGAUACUUGCCUCCAGUGCCCCAAUUAAGGUGUACCUGGGCAGUCGGGAGUCUGUGGAUAGCAACUCUGGCUGCUGUAGAACCAUGCUCGGGUUAAUGUAGUUGGGGGUCUGCCGGGUAGCGGUUAUCGGGGUGUUGAUGUUGGGUUGAGGGGGAAAACGAGUUCCACUGGAUUUGGUUCUCUAACAGAGGUGGAACUCAUCAGCCAGCCAGGAGGUUUCCUCCACUGUGAGGGGCUUUUGAUCUUGGACCUCCAGAGCCGUGUGAUCGAAGAACAGUAUCAGCUGCAGGGUGUCCUCGAUUGUCCUUGAAUUAAAUUCUGGGCUGCCUGCUGCAUUUCAAAAACCCACUAAUUUUUGUAACUGAAUUUCCUUCGGGAACACUUCAGGAGUUACUGCAUACCUCGCUAAAAGUUUUUCUUUUACUUUUUCAUAGCUAUGUAUGUCCGAGUCAGGUACUGCUUUGUAUGCCUCUGCUGCUCUUUUCCGAACAACUUGCUGCUAAGGAUAGUCCUUCCAGAGCACAUUGUCUUUUGAAGUCUUGGAGGUAACUACUUAUGUCCUCCUCUCUGUCCAGGAACAUGUUAAAAGUCGCAUAAUUCAGUUUCUUUGGGUCUCCUCCGGUUGAACCUGGUAGCGAGGCUGAGUCUCCGACCGAAGAUCCAUUUUGCUGCUCUCUAGCUUUCAGCACCUCAGUUGCCUGUGCCAUCACCAGAAUUACCACUUCCUGCAAUGGGUUGGGGCCCAAAUAUGUUCAGCCUCCAAACGCACAUUUUUUUGGAAUUCCUUUUCCUCUGACCUCCCUGUCGACGAGUUGCUGCAUCUAUUACUCGGUGAUGACAGUGGAUUUUGGUUUGUUGCUCGCUGCUCGCCAUGUGGCUUUCAACGGAUCCUUCAAUGUUUUUCUCUUUAGUAGGGGGUACCGCUUGUCCAGUCACUCUUUCUCUGUCCAGGACAUCUGUUCAAUCGGGAGAGCAUCCCAUUGCUGCCAUCAGUUAUAGUGGAGCUCCAAUACAAGUAUGAAAAGUCUCUCCCGAGUCCCGCAAAGUAUAUAGUGAUUAUAGAUUGCACCCAAACAUCAGCCAAGACUUGAUGAAGGGUGAAAAUAGUGAACAAAACACAGGCGUAUAUACAUAGGCUCCCAGCAUGUCUUCAGCGAAAACAUAGGUCUGUGUCUGGGAGAGAAUUGCCACACACACCACUUUAUUCAAUUAACUCCCAAGCACACAGGCGCUAAUACAAUUAUCACAUGGAAAACCUGCAUUGCAACACACACUGCUCAAUUGAAUUACCUCCCAGACACACAGGCGCUAAUACAAUUGUCGCUGUUUCUUCACAAUCACGCCAUCCCUUCAUUUUAGGAUUCUAUUUUACACUUUGAGAAUGUAAUGUAAAUUGCAUCCACUGAUAUUUGUUGAUUUUAGUUUUUUAUCUACUUACGAACCUGGCAACUUUGAAUUUAAAGGUGCAAUUUUAUAAGAGGCAUUUUUAAAUUAUAUUCUAGAAAUAUGGAUGGUCUGUUUUUAUAUAGAUAAGAAAGCAUUUUCUACCAAAUGUGGUUCUUAGAUACAAUUUAAUAUAUAUAGAAUGGGGGGGAAUUUUACUAUAUAUAUAUAUAUAUAUAUAUAUAUAUAUAUAUAUUACAGAUAAAUUAAUCUACAUAAGCACAUUGUAUCCGUUUUUUUCUGUAGUGUGACAGCAUGGUCCACAGCUGGUCCUGGGCAAUUACUCAUUCUGGAAGUAGGGCCCUCAUUGAACCAUUUGUGCAGCUGGCAGUACAAUUCAUUGGCCUCAAAGUGCCAUCUACGAUGAGAAAUAGAAUCUGGUCUUAUGAAAGGCUUAAUCACUUGGUAUUCUGUAGGUGAUUUAAAGGGCCAGUGUUACUUCUUUGUAAAAUAGCCCUGCAACUGAACUACCACUACUCUUGAGGCUAUAGUAAUUAUGGCUAUAGUAAUUAUCAGCCUAAAUAAAUAGAACAAAAGGGGGAAAAUAUUUUGGGAUAGUGCACAAAUAGCCUUUUUUUUUUUUUUUAUGUAUUUGGCAUGAUGCUAUAUCAAUUGCUGCCGCCCAGGACGGUGGGAGUUUGAGCACAGGGCUUAAAGGAACACUACUAGGAUAAUGCAGGAGGUGCUUCAGAUGACACCUCUUGCAUCACUGGUGAUGCUUCAAGUAGGCCGGGCGCGUCUAUAAGGCGGAACAGGCGGCCGCAAGAGCAGGGUGGCGCAAAAAUCUGAAUCCCCUGCCUCUGGCUAGGGAUUCGGAUUUUUCAAUUCACCUGUCCCCCUGCAGCCAGCACAGCAGGAGCAAGGCAGUAAAGUCAGCCGGCCUCCUCUGAUGAUGACAGAAGGAGGGUGUGUGACUUCCACUGCUCCCAGACUCCCCAGCGGUCCUGAAUAGGUCUGCAACCUCCAAAACCAACACCUGUCUGGCCUGUCCCACCCUACCACCAGGGGUAAGGAUUCCCCCCUCCCUGGCCCAAAGUAAGUAUCAGGGAGGUGGUAAGACCUCUUAGUGUUUUUUUUUUUUAUUAGCAGCCUAUGCCCCCCUCUACAAUCCCUAACUCCCCUACUUCACAUCCCUUCCACUACAGCCUCUAUUCGCCCACGUGCAGCCCCUAUCCCCCUUUUACUCCCCAUAACUCCACUGCAGCUCCUUUUCCCUUACUACAGUUCUUACCCCCGACUACAGCCUCUCUCCCCCAACUGCUGCCCAUGUCGCCCACACUACAGCCUCUGUCCCCAAAUGCAGCCAUCAACCUACUACAGCUCCUGUCCCCCCACUACAGCCCCUAACCCCCUACUACAUCCGCUAUCACCCUACUACAACUCACUUCCAGUCCCCCUUUUCCAAGAUUAGGUUCUGGAUCUGCCCCUGCUCUGUAUGUCUGUGUAUGACUGUAUGUCUGUGUAUGACUGUGUAUGUAUGCCUCUGCCUGUAUGUCUCUAUAUGACUAUGUCCGUAUAUCUCUGUAGGCCUUGUUCUAUAUUUCUCUGUACGACAGUGUCCGUAUGUCUCAGUAUGUCUGUCAUGUUCUGUAUGACUGUAUCUGUAUGUCUCUGGGCACAAAAUUCAUCUUCGCCUGUGGAGCCAAAAAUCCUUGCAGUUGUCCUGGCCUCAAGACUGGCCUGGCCCUGGCCUCAAGACUCUGCCCACCUCCGUCGCAGAGCCAAUAUGUUGGGGGGCAUGCAGUUCUGCUAAUUUGGCACGAUAAGUUAUCACUUUAAUUCCCAUUUCACACUUUAUUGUUUGUCCUUGUUUGAAGGAGCGCUACAAGCACCAUAACCACUUCAGCCAUAUCCAUUCUAUCAAGAAGUUGAUGGGAGUGGGGGUAGAGAGAACUGCCCAUGACCAAUCACAUCUCUGGCUCUGAACCAAAAGGGGAGAACUCCCCUGGAAAAGGUGGUCGGGUCUAUCCCUUUAAUGGCAGAUCAGGCUGGCGUGAAUACACACAGCUGGACACCAAGGAUCUAAGUUGGGACCUAAAAAUCAGAACUGUCUCGCCAGAAUCAGGGCGGUUGGGAGGCGUGCCGCAGCGCCCUCAUGUAAGAAGUCAAAGCGUUUAGGUUUGACUUUUUACCUGGAGUCUGCCAGGUGUUAUUCCCUGCCGCUACUGCAGCCUCCUCUCUGCUUUUAACUAAGCUCUGGAGGAGCUUCCAGCUCGCACUUCUAACAGAGAGGUGACAGAGAAUGGGACGCAGAACAGGACCUGAUGGACUCUAGUUAAGAAGACAAACCAUUACCAAAUGGAUGGACUACGUACAUUGGGGGUGCUUAAGUGGUUAUGGUCCUUAGAGUGUUCAUUUAAAUUGUAUGCAUGGGAAGCUUUAUUAAUACAAUGGAGAUGGUUAUUCCUAAUUAAAGUGUUAAUUACCAGGAUUCCCUAGGGCAUUUCAUAUUUUAGGGCAAUAUUAGCCAAACUGGAAACAAAUUCCAAGUCAGCUUUGGGUACAUAUUAUAUAUAUAUAUAUAUGUACUGCAACCCAUUGGCACUACAGAUGUUGUGGACUACAUCCCCCACAAUGCUCUGGCAGUCAUAAUGCUGGCAUAGCAUCAUGGGAGAUGUAGUUUACACCAUCUUGUAAGGGUUGCUUGGUCCAGUGAAUAACCCUGAAUGUGCAGUCAUUGUUUCCAAUCUAGGCCAUCACUUCAUUGCCAGGCAAUGACGUCACAGCGACGUCAACUUCCGCAUCUUGGGCCCGCCCAGGACCUUGAGGUAACUGUGUUGUUUUUUUUUUCUUCACCGCACCACGUGACCGAUGCCUGGAAUGCUCUGAGCAGCUGACGGAGAGGAGGAGAGAGGGGGGUUGGGUGGGCGGAGCUCGGAAAUCAUCACAUCGCUGACGUCACGCGGCUGCUGCUUGACGCCUGCGCGGCUUCGAGUCACCGCCGGUCUGUGUGUGUCGGUCAGCCGGUGCACAGAGGGACCGAAACGCUGGCAAAGCGGACACGGAGCGGACAAUCUGUAUGGUGAGAGUGGCAGGGAGCCCUACCGGGAUAGCAAGGAUUGGCCUCCCCGUGUCACCCACAGCCCAAUAGAUACACGGCUGGGGGGUGCUGGACUACAACUCCCAUGAUGCUCUGUCAGCCUUACAGUUGUGAAGCAUCAUGGGACUUGUAGUUAUAAAAACAGCUAGGUAGCUACCUAUUGGCUUCCCCUGGGUUUGUGUGGGUUGUGUUUUGUGUGGGUUGUGUUUUGUGUUUGUGUGUGUGUGUUGUUGUGUGGUUUGUUUGUGUGUGUGUGUGUUUUUUUUCUCUCCAGUAUUUUUGUGUAUUUCCUGUUAUAUAGAUAUUGUGUGUUUUUAGGUGGUCUUUAAUGGAAAUUUUAUAAAUAUAAUGGGGAUGUGUAUUUAGGUUGUAUGUAUGUUUGUUGGUAAAAUUGCAUUUUAUUUUGCGUGUGGGAGGCUACAGUAUUCUUAAUGGAAUAAACUGGGCAACACAAUGACUUCGCUUCAUUGAUGUUGUUAUGGUGACAGGAGGUCCUGGGCGCUGUCAUACCUUGAAGGGUCAAAUCUCUUUUCAAGGUAAGGCUAUACCCUGGAUCUCCAGGGACCAUAACAACUACAUUUAGAGGAAGUCAUUGUAGUGCCCAGAGUGUAUCUUUAAUUUGUAACUGCUGGCAUAACUAUAAAUAGCUAAAAUUAUAUAAAGCCCUUUCAGUUUAACCUUUAAUACAAAACCGGUAAAAUAUACUCUUCUAGGGGUAUAAAGAGUGUAUGUUUUGUCAUCCAGAAUUCCUAACCCCAACCACCGCUAUAUCCACAUGUCAGAUAUAUACAUAGUGAGAUAAAUAUAAAAUCUCUUGAGUGCUUCCUUCAUUGUGUUUGUGUGUACACACACACACACACACACACACACACACACUUUUUUCUUCUUCUUGACAUAGAUUCCAGCCUUUAAAAUUACUUACUACUAAUCAAACCUAACGUUUAAAUACUGCAAGUUAAUGCCAAACAUCUGAAAUAAUAAUUUACGCUUUACAUGUAUAUUUUAUGUGUAGUAAUUCUGAUAGUGAGAAUGAUGUCAAACAUUUUGUGAACAGAGCUAUUGUUUACCAUGUUACUGCGAUGCUAAUUAAGCCAUUUAUGUGGCUGAGUGUUGUAGAAGAAAUUGUAGGUCUCAACAAGUGACACACCAGUUCUUCCAGAAACACUGUGUGUGUGUGUCGUUUUUUAGUUUUUUGUGUUUGUGAUGUAAGCAUUUAUAUAAUCAUUUCCGUAUCAGUCCAACUAGUUAUAAUUUAUUUAGAAAUAUAUUUUAUACUUUUAAAUAUCAAUAGGCUGGGUGAUUAUAUUUGGUGAUAGUGAAGGUGCAUGCAGUUUUUUUACUUUUUAUUUUGUGUGUGUGCGCUGUUUGCCAAUGCCACUCACAUCAUCUUUUCUGUCCCAAUUCUUAUUAUUCUAUUGCCUACCAUGGGUAAUUACUUGUCUUUAAGGUAUCAAAUGUUAAGAUAAAUAGUUGAUUUUUUUUUUUUCUCUAAGUAUUGUAAAUGUUGGCUAAUAUAGGACAUUUGUUGUUAAAGUUCUGCUUCAGAACUCAUUGAUAUGUUAAAGUUUGCUCUGUCUCAAUAAGAAUUCUUACCAGGAUGCAGAUAUGGGGGGGGGGGGGACUAAGCUGUAUGAGACAUGUUCUAACCGGCUCCCAGAUUCCCUUGGUGAAGACUGCCUGUAUGCCCUAGCCACAGAAACUCCUUUAGGGACUUCCUUGACUCCUGUGGGACAAACUGACGCAUAUAGAAAGUUAUGGAAUACAUCAUAUCCUUCCAGUACAAGGUGAGCCCUGAAGCUAUCACUGCUACAGGAGCACUCAAGAGAAAGUACUUUUGGGACCAGACACCAGGAACAUUGUGGGUUAGUACGGCUAGUUUGGUAACUGUGCAUGUGGUUGGCGGAUUGUCUGUAUGUGCUUGUGAGAGAGUGUCACUUCUUUGAGGUCAGGCAAAGUUCCAGAGUCUUAUUUAUUAAAUAAACAAUUGUAUGACUCCUAAAUUCUAUAGAAAAUUUUCAAUUCUCGACAUAAAACACAACCUAGCACAAAGGAUGAUCUUUACAGCUGGUUAUUUCAGCUUGAGGAAUACAAUACAAACAUAUUUAGAUCAGUAUUAGACUUUAUCAGUGUGAGCGGGCUAAAGGAAGAGUUGUGAUAUUUGGUUGUGUUUAGCGAUACUGUAAUGAGAUGGUUGAAGACACUGCAAACUUAUUCCUCAACCACAUCCAAAAGCACUGACUAGACCUCCAUUUGAGAUAGUCUAAUUAUGCGUGCGCGCGUACACACAUAAAAAAAAAAUAAUCUGUGCUUUUCACAGUAUUUGCAGUCUAAAAUGUAUUUUCUUCUAUGCAAUUUUGAUUUUUGUAGAUCAAUUCUUCAGUAUCCGAGCAAGUCUAAAUUCAUCUGAUUGGCUUCCUUGGCAUUUAGAGAAAUGUCUGUUGAUGAGGGUAUAUGCAAUGGAAGUCCGAGAACAAAUUUUUUGAGCCCGAUUGACCGGAUUACAACCUUUGAAAUAGAUCAGGAAUUAUUUUUACGCCUGUCCCCAGUCAAUCAUUAUUUUAGGCGAUGUAACCUUUUUAAUUUACAUUUAUAUCCUUCAUGGAUAAAUCCAAAACAUUUUUGUUUUUUUCCCACCGAACCCUGUUUAUGCAUAAAGUUCCUUCAUAGAAUAUUUUGACUGUAGGCUCAGUCAUCUCUUAAAUCUAUAUGCCUAAGUGUGUUUGUCAUCCUUUUAUUUUUGUUUUAUUUUCUCAUUGUAGAAUAUUGCUAUUUGUUGACUUUUCCAAUUGGCACAAGGCUUAAAAACCAAGACUUUGUUUACUGUAGCCUUUUUACUGUCGUGUAUGUUUUAAAUAAAUUAAAGGCAAAACUGUCACUGUUUAAGAACUUAUUACAGUUCUCACAAAACCUUACGCACAUGGAAGCCACUAAUUUCCUGUUCAAAUCUAGCAAAGUAAAAUUUUAGGGCACCUGCCCUUUAUUUGGAAAAGUUCCUCAGUUUAAUUUUUAUUCUUGUAUAACAAAUUCGGUGAACUGUUCAUGUUUUGUAUUUACUGUUCUAAAUAAAUACAUAUAAGUUCAUUCUGCCUAUUAAAUAUCUUGUUGGGUCAGAUGCUAAAUACAAUAUAGUUCCAUGUAAGGUCAUUUUAGGACUUGAAAGGUGUUGACUACGUUUACCUUAUGAUUUUGGGUUCAGCGACUGGUUUGUUCUAGAUAAUGAGAUAAUUGGCGCACUUCUCUCUACUGCAGAUCUGAAUACUUGGCAGAGUCACUUUCGUGGCACACUACCAAUUUUCCCGAGCCUCACAAACUCUGUUUUCAUUUAGGGUUUCAAUCAGUGCUGAAGCUAAACUUGAAUAUACCACAGAUAAACUGGCAUCAAUGUUUCUUAACAUUUCUGAAUGUAUCAGCUACUUUUAAAGGAUUUUAUUUUAAACUCCUUGCAAUUCUAGGAUUCAUGUUUUGGUUUAGCCGUUUCAGUAAAUGUUCUUAAAUGAGAGUACAGUACUGGUUGUCUGGAAAAGCGUAACCAUUUCUCAGGAAUCACAAUAUUACUAGAGAUGUCGUGAACUUCCUGCGAACGGCUCACCGCGAACCAUUCGUGGCGAGCUCCGGUCAGCUGACACAUCCCGGCCAAUCUCCAGCAGACCCUCCCUCCCACCUCCUGGACAGCAUCCAUGUUGAAGGCAGCUUCAACAUGGAUGCUGUCCAGGAGGUGGGAGGGAGGGUCUUCUGGAGAUUGGCCAGGGUUUGUGUCAGCUGACCGGAGCUCGCUGCGAACGGUUCGUGGCGAGCCGUUCGCGGGAAGUUCGCGAACGGUUCGCAACAUCACUAAUUGUUACAUUAAGGUGAAGUGGUUUUGGUGCUUAGUCACUUUAAGAGGGGGAUAAACCACUUGUUGGUACAGUCUUUUAAAGAGAUAUACCUGCUGUCAUAGUUAGGCAGUGAAGUCCCAAGAUUAGCGCAGAUCCAAGGUUUAAACCUGGGAAUGAAGGUCGUGUAUAUCUGCAUCACAAAUUCAUCCAAAAUUGCACACAAAUGGGGCUAUUCACAAAUGUGGCAACGUGACAAGCAAAUUCUAGGACAAAAUAGGAAAACAUAGCUGUCUUGGAGGAUUUUCCUAUUUUUAAAAUUUUUUUUUUUUUUUUUUUAAACAUAAACAUGUAUUCUCAUUUUUCAGUUUAGAGCAUAAACUAUGCAGAAAAAGUCUUUAUUUCCUGCCUGAAAAAUAUGGCAUGCCUUCUACGCUUGUGGAAAACACACUCUCUUUAUAUUUAUAAUAAUAAUAUAAAGUGUGCAGGCUCUUAUCUUUCCUGUACAGCUUGGUUGUUUGCUAAGGAGUUAAGCAGUUUCCUUUAAAAUUUCACCAAAAUCCUAUCACUUUGUAAAGAAGACUGUCUAUGGAUAAUUGUGGGCCGGUGUGUUUGCUAGCAUUACAGCUGCUUUGUGUGUGCUUUGGGCUUAGCUUUGUGAUAAGGACUAACAUUUUAAAUCCAUAAACGAGUAGUAAUAUAUUGAUUACCUGGCGGUUGAAUUUCCUAUUUAUCUGGAAAGUAGACAGUUCACAUGUUUUGGAAGCCUGGCUUUACUAACAAAGUAGAUUUGGAAACAAAGUUUAUGGUGAAAACACAAUGUCCCCAUCUGUCCUUAUUCUGUUCAUUUUAGGUAUACAGCUGUUUGCAAUACUACUGCAACUACAUGUUCAUAUCAGCUAUAAGUUAUGCUUGUCUUGCCAUUACAAGAUCUUGCGUUUUGCGUGGAUAAUACUGUUUAGAUUUACUUGUAAACAUUUUGAAAAACAAGGUUAAAUAGAGGCUUUAUUUUAUUGGUUUAAGGUUUCAUCCAUUUACUAGUUUGUGCCGUGGUAACUACACAAACUGCAGACUUAGAAACUUCAAAACUGUCUGUAUAUACAAUGUUCAGCCACAACAUUUAAAACCACUGACAGGUGAAGUGAAUAACACUUGUUAUAUUGUUAAACUUGCACCUGUCAAGGGGGGAGAUAUAUUAGGCAGGAUGUAAACAGUCAGUUCUUGAAUGCCAUGUGUUGAAAGCUGGAUAAAAGGGCAACAAAAAGAUUUGGGUGACUAUGACAUGGGCUAAAUAGUGAUGGCUAGACGACUGGGUCCAAGCAUCUCCAAAACGGCAAGUGUUGUGGGGUGUGUUUUGUAUGCAGUGGUUAGUACCUACCAAAACUGGUUAACUAAAAUUUAUAUUUUGAUCACAUGAAUCAAUAACCCCCCCUUCUCUUUUUAAAUUUUUGUUUGUUUUUAAAUGCUCAAAAGCAAUUUACUAGCUUCUGCUAAGGCAGAUUGGGAUUGCAUACCGUUGCCUAGUUUGUGAUCUAUAAUUGUUCCCAAGACCUUUUCACUUAGUUAUCCCUAACUCAACCCUAUUCACUUUAUUACUGGCUUGUGGGCUCUUUAUACCAAAGUGCAUGAUUUCCAUUCACAAAAGAAUGACGUGUAUAAGAUUAAGAUGGGGGGCAGGUGCACUAAACAGUGCAUAAAAAGAGGAACAGCAUGCACAAGUAUUCGUAGGACCACGUUUACCGCUAUUUAUUCCUUUAUUUAAAGUCCAGUAUGCUGCUUGGCAAAUAUGUUUGAAUCUGGCAAUCUUCAGUCUUUAAAAGUCUGUUUGCCAGCUUUUUAGAUCAUGAGGGUACAUUUGCUGUUUGAUGCCGAUUGUAGAUUUGUUUCACUGAUGAUCAUGUUUUAAACACAUAAAGCUACCCUGUAUAGCAAAUCGGUAAACUUAAGAGCCUGUAAUGGGCAGGCUUACUGCGUAGUUUAAAUUCUUGUUUUAUAUCACAGUCAGGAUUCCUAUCCUGUAAUCUGUAUGAGUAAAGUGUUUGUUUAUAUUCACUUUAACAUUCAUAUUUGUUUUUUCUUCCAUAUCGGACAAUGAUUUUAUAAACUGUAUGUCUCAUAGUUACUGCUUCUUGUCUCUUUUCAGAUGAGUUACACAAAGCCCCCCUGUGCCUGCGCAUAACCUAUGACAAUCUGCAUUCUUCUGUUGGGUAAGCCAUGCAGAGCUUUGAGUUUAUAAUGUGUGGGUGGUCCAAUAGCUGGAUCUACAUGAAUGCUUCACAUACCUUCCAUUACAUGGGCCCCAAUCCUGCGAACUACCUUAUCUGUCAACCAGUAAUAUUACUCUCCAGAUGCAAUAACAUGUACUACUUAUCCCACAUUCUUUGUAAAGCCUGAUGGAAGCAGUCAUUUUUUCUUUGUCUCCACAUGUAUAAUUUGAACAGUUCGUGCAGCAAUUUCAAAUGUUAUACCAAACUGGUAUAGUACGGGGGCGAUCAUUAGAUGAAUACACUGUAAAUUCCUGGGUUUAUAUUAAUAGAUGCAGAAUUCUUUAAUUGAAAUCUGUCCCAAAGAAACACUAAGUGUACCUGAUGCAUCAGAAGCAUUUCGUAUCCGACAGACCUUAACAGAUCCCAUUUUAUGUAGUAUUAAAAAAUAGAUUGACAAUAUUUUAUAGUAAUGAAAUAUGUUGGACUUAACCAUAUAAGGGCUGAUGAUGAUGUCAUUUUUAUUAUUUAUGUAGCGCCUGCAAAUUCCGUAGCGCUGUACAAUGGGUGGACUAACAGACAUGUAAUUGUAACCAGACUUGUGGACACACAGGAGCCAGAGGUGUUGAGGGCCUUGCUCGAUGAAUUUACGUGCUAGAGGCAGUUGAGUAUAGUGACACAAAGGGUAUAAGUCACUUAGAUACUUACUGUAGGACUUUAUACAAUUGCCAAAGCUAAAUAAGUCCUUGUUGACAUUGACAGUGUGUUGUACCAUUAGCUCUUUAAGGGGUUAAUGAACGACCUCAAAAUACAAAAAAAAAGCCACUAGCGUUAGGAAUGCAGACCUAUAUUCCUAAUGCUAUAUUGUCCGUAGCUAUACACAUUUGACCCUUUUUUGACCAAAAAAGAUUACUAAAAUGAAUAGUUUUAUUCACCUGUUUACAUUGCUGAGACUCCCUCUGUGCUGCUCAACUCUCUGCCCCCAGUGAAAUAAUUGAGAAGGCAUGGCCUCCAACAGGUAAUGUCUAUUCCAGUGUUCCUCACAGCAUCCAAUGUUUCUCAUAGAAAAGCAAUGAAUCCAGUGCUUCUAGUGAUUGUCCAUAGGACAGACCUUAGAGCAGUGAUGGCGAACCUUUUUGAGCCAGAGUGUCCAAACCGCAACACAUGCUAACUUUUUUUUCCUCAAAGUGCCAACACGGCAAUUAAAACCUUUAAAUAAUGAUAUAAAUAAUAGAUAAAAUUAAGCUUAAAUUUAUUAGUAUCUUCAAAUAAUGAAAUACAUACAACACAGACUGCUGAAUACAACACAUACUGCAUUGAGGUGUGGGGGAGGGGAGAGGGGUGGUAAAGAUACAUAUAAAUAAAUAAAAAUACAUCAAAUCUUUAUUCCCCCCCCCCUUCUUCUUACCUUUGGUGAAGGAGGGGGGGACACAGCCAGCCCUGGUGGUCCGGUGGUGGUAAGUAUGUGUAUAGCUGCAGCUCUCCUGUCCUCCUGCGCAAUGCUGUGUGGAGCGUUACCAUGGGAACGCACAGCAAUGCUCCACACAGCCUGCUCGGGGGAGAACAGGAGAGCUGCUUCCCAGAUCCCUCCCCCCCGAUACAAAAGCAGAGUAGGCCAUCUGCCUUUUUGGGCAGGCAGGUAUCUACUCUGCAUUGCUGCCCGGUAACCUAUGGCAGUGUGCCCACAGAACAUUGCCCAUCUGCAAAAUGUCAGUGAUUUACCUUUUAAAAUAACCAAACCACUGCACCCAGACAACUUUUGUAGAGCUGAAUUGGUCUGGUUGACUUUAAUGUUUCCUUAAAGGAACGGUUUAGUGUAAGAAAUACAAAGCUGUAGUGGGUAUGGUGCCAACAGUGGUUUGCCUCCCUUUUGGUGUAAGUACUCAGUUUGGUUUGACAACUUACCUGGUGUUUGCUUGAUGCUGGUCACCACCUCCCUUAGUGCUGGAAGGAGCGUCCACUAGCUCCACUGGUAUUAAAGGAUAACUAUAGGGCCAGGAACACAAACAUGUAUUCCUGACCCUAUAGUGUUAACACCACCAGCUAGCCCCCCUGGACCCCUCAUGCCUCCAUAAAUAUAGUAAAACUUUUACUGUAUUCAAGCCUGAAGCGGUAACUCUGCAUGCUGUUAGACUCAGAAAAACAAGCAGUCUGCUGACAUGUUGUAGCGUGAUCCAAUCACAGUGCUUCCCCAUAGGAUUGGCUGAGACUGACAAGGAGGCAGAUCAGGGGCAGAGCCAGCAUGAUUCAAACGCAGCCCUGGCCAAUCAGCAUCUCCUCAUAGAGAUGAAUUGAAUCAAUGAAUCUCUAUGAGGAAAGUUCACUGUCUGCAUGCAGAGGGAGGAGACACUGAAUCACAGGAUGCUGUGCACAGUGCUGCCCUAUGCUCUGCUGACAGCAGAUCUGAGUGGAUGGAGGCAUUUUAUGCCUCCAUGAACUCCGAAGUCCCUCUGGUUCAAUCUGAGUGACUGCAACUGGAGGUGUUCCUAGCUUUCAAUGCAAACACUGUAUUUUCUCAGAAAAUACAGUAUUUACAUGAGAGAGGCUACAGGGAGCUAUAGUUCUCACCUGAACAACCUCAUUAAGCUGAAGGUGUUCAGGUGACUAUAGUGUCCCUUUAACCCUGUCUUGCAGAGUCCACUGAUUGGCUCAGAGUGACAGCUGUGUUCUCUCAGCCAAUGCGGUAAGCCCUGCAAUGCCAGGCUUGGCUCAGUUCAGGAGCUUGUGGCUAGAGUGCAUGCAGCUGCAGGCACCUGGCGGACCCCAGGUAAGUUGUCAAACCAUCCUCAAGUUGUUUGACUACUUACCCCAGGAGGGUGCCAUCCCUAACCACAACAUAAUAUUGUAAUGUUAGAUGUGAUGAUAAACUUGAAAUUCUCAUUUGUAGAAUCCUCUACUCUUGACGGUAUGUUUUAGAACUGGAAAGCUCUGACCUAUUUUCAUUCAUCCAUUCCUGAUCUUGGUCCCUUACCAGGGCUUUCAAGAGCUGACAGUGCUUACAAAAAAAAAAAAAACAGGACAUUUUAUGCUAGCACAGACACUUUAGCAACCAGAUCGUCAUGACCACAGUGGUAACGUCUGAUCCAUAAUGAGUUUAAUAAUCCCAUGAAUCAGGUCCACACAUCCUGUCUUUUUUGAGGAUUUCUUUUACCAAGGUUCCAGCCAUUCCUUCUGUUUCACACAGACUGUAAAGGAAUGAGCCAUCCCUUCCACGCUGUGUACAAGUCUAGAAACUAUAUGCAACCUGCAAUUUAAAUGAAAUGUGGAUUCCUUGGUUUCUAUAAUGCCUACGUAAAAGCAAUGUUUACAUGCUGUCAUUUUGAGUAUCUACCCUGCUUAAAAUGCCUAUCGAUCCUUUGCAAACAUUCGUAAGCAAAACUUUUAUAUAUUUGUGCCACUAUAAUUUAAAAAUAAAAAACCCUUCAUGUAGUAGAAAGUCUUUAUGUUAAAGAUUGUAUUCCCCGAGUAAUUCUGUUGAGGAUGAACGUGUAACAAAGAAAAGACUUUAAAUGCACUGCUUUGUCCCCACGCCAUGCACUAGCAGUGUGUCCCUUGUAUCAAAUACAUUUGACAAUUAAUCCUUGCACAACUAUUUAGUAACUUUUGGACCCCAACGACCCUUUAGAAUUUAAAACCAUUAACUCUUUAAGGGCAAGCGCUUUGUGUACAUGUAGGAUCAUUAGUUUGGUUUCUCAGUUGUUUUUUAAAAUUCUAGACUCUGACCCAUGGGUGCUUUGCUAAACCCCUUUUGAAUUUCUCUGUUUGAGAAUUAUUUGUUCCUAAGAUUUCUAUAAGUGAUUGGUCCCUGCAUGAUGUAUAUGAACAUACUGCUUUUGCGAUGAUCACUAGCUUUUUGUAUACCAUCUGUUAAAACGGUUGCAGCUGUCCUGCAUGGAUCUUAUUGAUAACUGUGUCUACAGUAUUUUAACAAACCAUAAGUCUUCCGCAGCCCCUCCUCCUCUAGUUAAAGGAUUACAUUGCUCUACUUUAACACACGGAAAUAUUGCAAGGACUUGGUUGUGUAACCCCUUUGUGGCUUAAGCUUCACGCUGUACAUAUUGUUUCACAGUAUGUAGCUCUUGAAUAAUUGCAAUGCAGCCAUCAAACUAAAGUUGGAACUCAUUUUGUCAACAUUGUAAUUUAUUUAAGUCUGAUAAUUUCUGCAAAUUGGAAUAUGUAGCCGUUUACCAAUUUAUACAAUUGUCAUGUCAUCAACAGUUUACCUCUCCAAUUCCUGAGUUAGAGCAUUUUUAUCAAGAAGUAAUAUUUGUGUAUGCCUUGGCCCAAGACUACUACCCAGUAAUUUGCUGUCUAAAUGUGGGUGAAAUUAAUACUUCUGGUGUAAAAGUAGAACUUCUGCAUUAGCAAGACGCAAACAAGGGCUGACCCGAGGGUGCUUCAGGUGUACACCCUUAGGUCAAAGAGCUCAAACGGUUUGACCCAGAGUCCAUGAAUGGCACUAUCACAUUGCUAGAAGCAUAACCUCUGCACUGGCAUGUAUUGGCCCCAAAUUGUAUGUAUGUGUCCUUAAGGGGUUAGGACUUUCCUUUUCCCUAAUAUUGAUUUCCCUACAUGUUAUGUUAAAACUAAACAAAAUGCUUAUUUAGUUCAAAACUUUAAUUUUAUUUAUGUCAUUUUUGUUCUUUAUAACUUCAGUAAAAAGUUUUUUGUUUUUUUUUUUUAAAUCUUGGGCCGGAAACAUUGACCAACAUCUGAGAGUGGCUGCUUAUUUAAUAAUGACAUUUAUAUUGCUCCCGAUUUUGUGCUGAUGGAUUAUGUACCUACUGUUACCGCCAUGAUUUCAUGCUUCGGUGAGCAGUAAAUUGCUUUAUAAAAUAUUACACAUCAGAGUUUGGAAAGAACAAUCCUCCCGAUGUUCAUUUAAUGCAAUAUGUAGGUUAUGUUACAGUUCAUUAUUGAACUACAACUCCCAGAAACCAGCCUAGAAUGUCCCUUUAAACAUUUUGGCCACUUUCCAUAGCAUGUCAAGCUUUCCUUUAACACGCGUUUUAAUCCUCUCUUCUCUUGCUUCUAGGUUUUAG